UGAGCUGCAGAGCGAGGUGUUUCUUCAGGCAAACAUUUGACACUUUCGAUGUUCCAAAUAUGUUAAAUUUAAACAGAAUCCGGAAGGAGAACCUGUGCAACCAUACUUAAGAACAGCGGUUCUAACUCCCAUCGUAGCUCUUCAAACCAUUCACAAAAUAUUCAUCUUUGGUGGGAAACUUUCGCCUCUACUUCAGAAAAACGAAGAUGUCUUAAUCAGCUUACACUAACGCUACGCACAACGUUAAUGAUAGGUCAUAUUACGGAUGUCAUUUACCUUAGAUCGAGGAAAAAAGGAUAACUGAUUGAAACUUCCCUCAGCGCACAGUUUUUUAAAGGAAAGAAACAAAGGCACAUGCGUUUAAGAGUUGACGUCCGAGGGUUAUUUAUUGUUGAGGAAAUGUUUAUGGCUUUUCUGUUUGAUGAACAGUUUUAAUCACUGAUAGAUGAAGCAGUAAGCCGUGUGGGAUGGGCUCGGAAAUCAUAUAGGAACAUGCGUAAUAGGUAAAUUACGAGCCUUGUAUGAAACGACUGAAGAAGAGUGAGUUUUAAUCACUGUUUCUUUCACAGCACAAAUCGCGGGAAACAGGAAACAGCAAUAAUAGUCAAUAUUUGGUCUAGUCAAAGGAGCUUGUUGCUAAGUUAGUUGUCGACACUACCUAUCUAUAAAAGGGAACGUCCAAGGUUCAGAAAAAUAUAGUCUUCGACACAUGACAUAUCUAACUAGAUCAUAACUAGACUGGUAUAUUACGUGCGGCAAGUUAAAGAUGAUCUCGGAUCCAAGCGUCAACGUUACUUUCUUCAAUACCUCGUUUGUGCCACGGCAACCACCACCAUGGAUCAUCACCAUCCCAGAGAGUCAGAGAAUAACAUUCAUAGUGUGUUACGCCUUGAUUCUGGUUUGGUCUGUUGUAGGUAAUACUUCCAUUAUUGCUAUUGUUGCCAGAAAUCCAUCGCUGCGAAGUACUAUCAACUAUCUGAUUGCCAACAUGGCUGCAUCAGACUUAGCAGCAUCAGUAGUCGUUACAGCACGUGUUUUCUCAAUCUUCCAUAAUCUGUCCAUGGAAUUUGAAGUUUCGGGAGUUUUAGGGAACAUGUUCUGUAGGUUAGCUCCUUACAUUCAAGACAUCUCGAUAUCUGUGUCAAUCCUCAGCAUAGUAGCCAUCGCAGUUGAUAGGUUUUACGCUGUUGUUUUCCCAAUGACACGAACACCUCGGCUUCUAGACCUCCGUGUCCUCUUACCAAUCAUUUGGUGCCUUUCACUGGGGACAUUUACAGUGCAUUUGGUAAACUUCAAACUGAUAUCCCCUAUCCAAGGCGUUGAUGUUUGUAUCCAAGAAUGGCCUACUGGAGUAGACUCAAUCAAGGCCAGUACCAUAUUUUACUUGAGCAUUUUCACUGUAUUUUGGUUGGUACCGCUAACAACCAUUGCCAUCUUGUACACCAUUAUUGCCCUAAAAAUGAGGCACCAGACAAUUCCAGGACAACAGUCAUCAGAUGCUGAACAAGCGAGGCGAAAACGAAACAAGAGUAUCGCAAAAAUGGCCUUUGCAAUCGUGUUUUUCUUUUUCUUGUGCUGGUUUCCGUUUCACACUAUUUCUAUCUUGAAGCUUGUCGUUUGGAAAGGAAGCAUCCCCAACGGUGUAGAUCCUCAUCUGUUGGUUACUUUUCAUGACACCACAACCAUGAUAUCUUACGUCAGUUUUGUAGUCAACCCUUAUGUUUGCCUUACGUUCAGUUCUAAACUUAGAAAAUGCUUCAGGAAUCUCUUCCCGUUUUCUCUCUGCUUCGCUACGAGGAUUAGUCCUCUUGGCGUAUCUUCCCAGUGGACUUCGAAUGGUACUUCGACAACGGGACAGCAAAAAAUGGUCAGGUUUAACAGGACUACUUCACAGGCUCACCGCGAAAACAAAUCCAAGACUGAUUCGCGUUAAGACUAUCAUCAUAUACUAAUCUACAACGUAUGGACAACACAGCAACACAAAGGCGAUGGUCAGUUUUAACAAGACACUUCAGAAGUCUACUAUACAAGAACACAUCCAAGAAUGAAUCACUUUAAGAAUAUCAUCAAAUUAUUGUUUACAACAUAUGGACAGCACAACAACGCAAGGCGAUGGUCAGUUUUAACAAGAACACUUCAGAAGUCCACUAUACAAGAACACAUCCAAGACUGAAUCCCUUAAAGACUGUCAUCAAAUUAGUGUAUACUACAUAGGGAAAACAUCUGGAUUUUUUGUGUAUUUUUGUUGAUUCCUUGUGCUUUAAUUAAAAGGCACUAUAGAUUCUUCGGCUUCAAGCUUUUUUGCUAGAUUUAAGAUCUCAUUCAAAUCUCAUUUUU